UGAUAUUAGAAAGAUAAGACGAUGCCAAAUGCAUAUAAGUAGCCUACGAAUCCAACAAUAUCUAGUUUUACAAAGUGACAGAUUCACUGAGCUCGCACACAAGAUGUUCUCUGUAGCUAUCGUUGCCUGUCUUGUCUCCGUGGCAGUGGGUAUGACAACACAGCAUGGGCACCACGGCCAUCACACACAUCCCGCCAACCAUGGCCACCAUGGCACCCAUCCUACACAUGAACCUAACAUCAACGAGAAUUUUAUGUUUCACUACGAUGCUCACUCGCACACAAUGGCGGUGAAGACCAGCAAGCAAUGCUGUCUCUACAUGUUGUCUGCAGAUGAACAAACCAGUGUACACUCAUCAACAGGACUUCAUGCUAUCGAGAAGAAUAUAAUUGAUCUCAUUGACGCCAACACCGUUACCACCGCCAUGGAUCUUACCGCCAUGAGCCAUGGACUAAGCCAUUUCUGUGGAAAACUUACCGCCAUGAGAUUGAAUUAAAUUAAUAUACAUUCAACGCUG